CCCAUGCUACCUUUACACCAGCCCUUCACCUAACAGCCUGAUAUUUCUCGGUCCUGUUCCCUCCAACCCCCAAGACGGCAUUCUUACACCGGAUGAACCAGUGCGCUGCGUCGAAACUUGACAAAAAUGUAACAGAAGAAACGGUGAAGAUGCUGUUCUCAAACAUUGAAGAUAUCCUUGCCGUACAUAAAGAAUUCUUAAAAGUCGUGGAAGAAUGCUUACAUCCAGAACCUAAUGCUCAGCAAGAAGUGGGAACCUGCUUUCUUCACUUUAAAGACAAGUUUCGUAUCUACGACGAAUAUUGUAGUAAUCAUGAGAAGGCACAGAAAUUGCUUUUUGAACUUAACAAAAUAAGAACAAUCCGGACAUUUCUUUUGAACUGCAUGCUACUUGGAGGACGGAAGAACACAGAUGUCCCCCUGGAAGGAUACUUAGUAACACCAAUACAGAGAAUAUGCAAGUACCCUCUCCUUUUGAAGGAGUUGCUGAAGCGGACUCCAAGGAAACACAGUGACUACACAGCAGUGAUGGAAGCCCUCCAAGCCAUGAAAGCCGUCUGUUCCAACAUCAACGAGGCCAAGAGGCAGAUGGAGAAGUUGGAAGUUUUAGAGGAGUGGCAGUCUCACAUUGAAGGCUGGGAGGGGUCCAACAUUACUGACACCUGUACUGAAAUGCUAAUGUGUGGAGUCUUAUUAAAAAUUUCUUCUGGAAAUAUUCAAGAACGGGUGUUUUUUCUUUUCGAUAACCUUUUGGUGUAUUGCAAACGAAAACACAGACGGUUGAAGAAUAGCAAAGCAUCUACCGAUGGACAUAGGUACGUUUUUCGUGGCCGGAUCAAUACAGAGGUGAUGGAAGUGGAGAAUGUGGAUGAUGGCACAGCUGACUUCCACAGCAGUGGACACAUUGUUGUUAAUGGGUGGAAGAUACAUAACACAGCCAAAAAUAAAUGGUUUGUGUGUAUGGCAAAAACACCUGAAGAGAAACAUGAAUGGUUUGAAGCUAUUUUGAAGGAAAGAGAACGGCGGAAAGGUUUAAAAUUAGGAAUGGAGCAAGACACCUGGGUAAUGAUCUCUGAACAGGGUGAGAAACUUUAUAAAAUGAUGUGCAAACAAGGAAAUCUGAUCAAAGACAGAAAAAGAAAACUGACUACGUUCCCUAAAUGCUUUCUUGGAAGUGAAUUUGUGUCAUGGCUGUUGGAAAUUGGAGAGAUUCACAGGCCUGAGGAAGGUGUUCACUUGGGACAAGCAUUGUUAGAAAAUGGAAUCAUCCACCAUGACUGCAGUCAAAAUAUAAGCACCGUGAGAACAGGAGCCUUGUGUGUUAAUAUACAGCAAACACCUAGAAUGCCCAGCACAUAUAGGUGCUUAAUAAAUUAUUUGCUGAUUACGGAUAAACAUCAAUUCAAACCAGAACAGAUGUUAUAUAGAUUUCGCUAUGAUGAUGGAACCUUUUAUCCAAGAAAUGAGAUGCAGGAUGUGAUUUCAAAGGGCGUACGAUUGUAUUGCCGUCUUCAUAGUCUAUUUACUCCAGUGAUAAGAGAUAAAGAUUACCACUUAAGAACCUACAAAUCUGUGGUUAUGGCCAACAAGCUGAUAGACUGGUUAAUUGCACAGGGGGAUUGCCGCACCAGAGAAGAGGCAAUGAUAUUUGGCGUUGGACUCUGUGACAAUGGAUUUAUGCACCAUGUCCUUGAAAAAAGUGAAUUCAAAGACGAACCCUUACUUUUCCGCUUUUUUGCUGAUGAGGAAAUGGAAGGAUCAAAUAUGAAACAUCGACUGAUGAAACAUGAUUUAAAAGUUGUAGAAAAUGUUAUAGCCAAAUCAUUAUUGAUUAAAUCCAAUGAAGGCAGCUAUGGUUUUGGGUUAGAAGACAAAAAUAAAGUUCCAAUAAUAAAGUUGGUAGAAAAGGGGUCUAAUGCUGAGAUGGCUGGCAUGGAAGUUGGGAAAAAGAUUUUUGCUAUUAAUGGUGACCUAGUUUUUAUGAGACCUUUCAGUGAAGUGGAUUGCUUCCUGAAAUCAUGCUUAAGUAGCAGAAAACCUCUAAGAGUUCUUGUGAGCACAAAGCCAAGAGAGACAGUGAAAAUCCCAGAUUCAGCGGAGGGACUUGGCUUCCAGAUCCGAGGAUACGGCCCUUCGGUGGUGCAUGCCGUGGGAAGAGGAACUGUGGCCGCAGCCGCUGGUCUUCACCCUGGACAGUGUAUCAUCAAAGUAAAUGGAAUCAAUGUCAGCAAAGAGACACACGCCAGUGUUAUUGCCCACGUCACGGCCUGCAGGAAGUACAGGAGACCAACGAAGCAAGAUUCCAUUCAAUGGGUUUAUAACAGCAUUGAGAGCGCUCAGGAAGACCUUCAGAAGUCUAACUCCAAACCCCCAGGAGAUGAAGCAGGGGAUGCUUUUGACUGUAAAGUAGAAGAGGUAAUUGACAAGCUCAACACCAUGGCAAUCAUCGACGGAAAGAAGGAGCACGUGAGUCUGACGGUGGAUAACGUCCACCUAGAGUAUGGCGUCGUGUACGAGUAUGACAGCACCGCCGGGAUCAAGUGCAACGUGGUGGAGAAGAUGGUCGAGCCCAAAGGUUUCUUCAGCCUCACUGCCAAGAUUCUUGAAGCCCUGGCUAAAAGCGAUGAUCAUUUUGUACAAAACUGCACCAGCCUUAACUCUUUGAACGAGGUGAUUCCUACUGACCUUCAGAGUAAAUUCAGUGCUGUUUGCAAUGAAAAAAUUGAGCGCAUAUGUCAGAGAAUAUCCAGUUAUAAAAAGUUUUCUCGUGUACUAAAGAAUAGAGCCUGGCCCACCUUUAAACAGGCCAAACCUAAAAUCUCCCCACUGCACAGCAGUGACUUCUGCCCCACCAACUGCCAUGUCAACGUGAUGGAAGUUUCUUAUCCCAAAACAUCAGCGUACCUGGGGAGUGCAUUUGGUGUUCAGUUGGAUAGCAGGAAGCAUAAUUCUCAUGAUAAAGAAAAUAAAUCGGAACAAGGAAAACUAAGCCCUAUGGUGUACAUUCAACAUACGAUUACAACCAUGGCGGCCCCUUCAGGUCUGUCUCUCGGGCAGCAAGAUGGGCACGGUCUCCGGUAUUUGUUGAAAGAAGACGACUUAGAAACCCAAGAUAUCUAUCAGAAACUGCUGGGCAAACUUCAGACUGCACUGAAGGAGGUGGAGAUGUGUGUUUGUCAAACAGAUGACCUUCUGUCUUCAAUAACAUAUUCUCCUAAAUUAGAACGUAAGGCAUCAGAGUCCGUAGUCCCAACAGACAGUGACAACGAGAAGGGAGAGAGAAACAGCAAACGCGUCUGUUUUAACAUGGCAGGCGAUGAGCAGGAAGAUUCAGGUCACGACACCAUCAGCAACAGAGACUCUUACAGCGACUGCAACAGCAAUAGGAAUUCCGUCACCUCCUUCACCAGCAUCUGCAGCAGCCAGUGCAGCUCGUAUUUUCACAGCGAUGAAAUGGACUCAGGUGAUGAGCUUCCCCUAAAUGUUCGCAUUUCUCGUGAUAAACAGGACAAGAUACACAGUUGCCUUGAGCAUCUUUUCAGCCAGGUGGAUUCCAUUACCAAUCUCCUGAAAGGCCAAGCUGUUGUGAGGGCCUUUGAGCAAACCAAGUACCUGACACCAGGUCGAGGGUUACAAGAGUUUCAGCAAGAAAUGGAACCAAAGCUGAGUUGUCCAAAAAGGUUAAGGCUUCACAUCAAGCAAGAUCCUUGGAAUCUUCCCAGCAGUGUCCGGAAUCUUGCUCAGAACAUCAGAAAAUUUGUUGAAGAGGUAAAGUGUAGGAUAAUCCUGGCUCUUCUUGAAUAUUCAGACAGUGAGACACAGCUCCGAAGAGACAUGGUUUUCUGCCAGAGUCUUGUGGCCACGGUCUGUGCCUUCUCUGAGCAGCUCAUGGCCGCCUUAAACCAGAUGUUUGACAACAGCAAGGAAAAUGAGAUGGAAACUUGGGAAGCCAGCAGAAGGUGGCUGGACCAGAUAGCGAAUGCAGGAGUUCUUUUUCACUUUCAGUCACUUCUGUCACCAAACUUGACAGAUGAACAAGCCAUGCUAGAAGAUACACUGGUUGCACUAUUUGACUUGGAAAAGGUUUCUUUUUACUUUAAACCAUCAGAAGAGGAACCACUGGUUGCAAAUGUUCCUCUUACUUAUCAAGCUGAAGGAAGCCGGCAAGCUCUGAAAGUUUACUUCUACAUCGAUAGUUAUCAUUUUGAACAGCUGCCUCAAAGGUUGAAAAACGGAGGAGGGUUUAAAAUUCAUCCUGUUCUUUUUGCACAAGCACUGGAGAGCAUGGAGGGAUAUUAUUAUAGAGACAAUGUUUUGGUGGAAGAAUUUCAAGCCCAAAUAAAUGCAGCCUCGCUGGAAAAGGUCAAACAGUACAACCAGAAGCUCAGGGCAUUCUACUUGGACAAGUCAAAUUCCCCACCAGACUCCACAUCCAAAGCUGCUUAUGUAGAUAAGCUCAUGAGGCCUCUCAACGUUUUGGAUGAACUGUAUCGACUGGUAGCCUCGUUUAUCAGAUCCAAGCGCACAGCUGCCUGUGCGAACACGGCUUGCAGCGCCUCCGGUGUCGGGCUGCUGUCGGUGUCCUCGGAGCUGUGCAGUCGGUUGGGGGCCUGCCACGUCAUCAUGUGCAACAGCGGCGUGCAUCGGUGCACCCUGAGCGUGACCCUGGAGCAGGCCAUCACUCUGGCCAGAAGCCACGGACUGCCUCCUUGCUACAUCAUGCAGGCUACAGAUGUGAUGCGGAAGCAGGGAGCGAGAGUUCAGAACACAGCAAAGAAUUUGGGAGUCAGGGACCGGACCCCACAGUCUGCUCCGAGGCUGUACAAGCUGUGCGAGCCUCCUCCCCCAGUUGGAGAAGAAUGAGGAGAAUCUCCAAGGAACCAGGCAAGCAGAAGCUUCUGAACACUGGACUAGACAAAGGAUGUGCUGGCUAAACAUUCUCCACUCAACAUAAAAAAAUGGAUUUUUUUCUCUUGGUCUUUCAUCAUGGUGUAAAUAACUAAUGCUCAGCUUGUACUUAGAUAUUUGUGCUGGAAAUGGAUGGAAGUCCAUUCAGACAACUCAGCUUCACAAACCAAUCUUUCAUGUGUGUUAACGUGAAUUAUUCAUCCCUGGAGAUUACAUUAAAAAAUAUCAGAGAUAAAACAUUAACCAUUGUACCUCCUUUCCCAUUUAUUAAAAUUAUUGUAUUGUGUUUGCUUUCAUCUUCUCCGAAUGGAGCAUGUUAUGUUGGAUAUUUCCGUUUGAAGAAGUCUGUCAUUGAAGAAAUGUGGUCACACUUUCCAGGUCAUCACACAGAAAUGCGACAGACAAUAGAGACUGGGUGUCUUAGGUUUUCUGUCUCCCACUUGCAUCUGAGAAGGUAGCUUGCGGGUGAAAGGUGAAGAGCAUCCUUUACUCUUUCGAAGGGAGUGUUUCUCAGUAGAGGAGAAGAGAGCUGAUUGAGGUCUCCAGCAAGACCUUCUUCCAGCUGCUUUCAGGGACCCUUUGUGCUCGUGGACAGUUCCAGGGAACCAUGCUGUCCUUGGCCUCUGAAGUGGGCGUGGCUUCCUUGGGCGAUGAGUCCUGAUGCUGUGCCGUAGGUGUCCAGGAGAUGGGGAGAGGCAGGGAUUGGGGAGGGCUGGAAGGAAGACUAGGGUGAAGGAGGGAAAAAUAAGCCUAUUUAAAAAGUCAACUUUAAAUCUGAAAGAUACCUAAAGCUUUUAUUUUAUUAAAGGCUUUCAUAUGAGAUGUCAGACUCCUAAAAGAAUACACCAUGCUGAAUGUUUUUCUAUCAAGGUAAUAUAUAUAUAAGAUGAGAAAAAUAAAGCUUUAUUUGUUGAACUUUAAAAGGACUAUUAGAGACCUUGAUAAUUUAUGAAAGUACAAGGUGUAUUCUAUUUUCAUUCUAAAGUUUACAUAAUGUUUAUCCUUUCUACAUUGAUAAAAUAACAUUGUUUUUUUUAGCAUGAUGAAUAUAGUAAUAUUGAUUUUAAAUCUGUAAUUUUCAAAACAAUUAAAAUGCCCUUACUGUGAUUGUGAUACUUAGGUGGAUUUAGACUAAUUGCUUAUGUGAAAUGCUUUUCAUAACUAAAGUAUAUAGAAACCAUUAUGAAAUUUUAAUUUAUGAACUUUUGAGAAUAGUUUUCCAACACUUAUUAAAAAAACUUUCAUCACUAGCAGUUGUGUAUUGAAUAACAGAAAUACUGCGUUGCGUAUACAUGAGGCCUUUAUAUACUGGUCAAAUUAAUAAUAAAUGUUAUUCAGCACAGAAGCACUUAAGACUUUUAUGAUCAGGACACAUCUAUAAUGAAAAAUAAAGAAACCAACAUCAGAUUUCAGAGAAAAAGUUGAACGCUUUGAAUUUAAUGAAGAUAUGACCCUAAUAUAGACAUCUACAUGAAACAUAUUCUUCACUUUCAGGGGUUUAACAUUUUUGAUACUAUUGCAUGUGAUCCCAAAGGUCCAUGAAAUUAGCAAAUUGUGAUUUUCCUGUACUGAAAUUUUGAUUACAUUUAACACAGGGCUAAUGAGUGAGUAAAACGGAUUAACUAGCAAGUACUUUUCAUGUUGUCAUUAUUGUUUUCUAAUCACUACCCUAGAAGUAGUGUUCCUUAUUAGAGGCAUGAAGGGAUCACUUAAACAUUUCAGUUGUACUUUGCUGUUUCAUAGGGGAAAACCAUCUGCUAUUGUAGCAUUUACAAAUUAGCAUAUUUUAAGAUCUAAUCUCUAUAUAAUAGGGCUACUUAAUAUUGUUUUAAGGGUUAAACAUUGUGUAAGUGUACCAUCUAUCAGAGUGCUUGGCACUUAUUAAAAUCUCAGAAGUUAGUGAUGACAUAUAUUACCAUCAGUCACUGUGAUUUUUUAUUGUAAUAAAAACUGUAGCUAAAACCUAAGUAAUUUCUACCUGCCAAGCAAUACGUCCAGGUGCUUCACCCAUACUUUGUUGUUAUUACUUCAUUAAUCCUAAUGGUGAUUUGAGGUGAUAUUCUUUGCAUCACCCCCAUUUUACCAUUGAGGAAGUAAAGCAAAGGAUAGUCCAGUGACUUGUCCAAGAUCAUAUGGCUGACAAGUGGUAGGACCAGGAUUUGAACCCAGGAAGUCUGCCUUCUUAAUACAUUGUGCUGCUUUUCCUUAUUAAUAUAGGAAAUGUAAUAUUGCCAAUUAUUUGUUAGUAAAGUUGGAGUUAUGUGUGGUGUGGGCCAUUAAAUUAUACAUCUUAUAUUGAGAAAAACAGUGAAUGGAAAUGUGUAAAAUGCCUUUAAUAUAUGAAAACCGUAGGAUUUCCUGGACAUUUUACCAUUCUGGAUACACAUUAUGAGGUAACCCAAUGCUAUUGCAAUCUGAAAAAACAUGAUAUAUCCCUCAUAAUUGAAGAUAACAAUUUUAGUUAUGUUUUGAAAGUCUGGAAUAGUACAUUAUACAAAAUUUGACUAUGAUUCCAAAGCAGUGAUAACAGUAAAAAAUGUCAAAUGAGUGAAUUAAUAAAGACAGCUCUUCAACACCAUGAUGUACCUCUGUGUGACGUCGGACAUUUAACUGACCUUGAGUUUUUAGAUGAGAUCGGGUAUGUUCAGGGUGGUAUGACCAUAGACUGGCCUUGAGUUUUUAGAAUGGGUUUACCUCAGUGCUCACAUACUCCUCUACAAGCAGUGUACCUUUAAACGUUCCAAAAGCCUGCUAACAGUUCUUCCAAGUUUUGCCGACUUUGAAGUUCUGAGUUUGGACAUCUGCCUCUCUCCACCUAAAAGGGAAGGUCGCACCUAGAAAUUUUGGUUCUUAAUAUGGGACUGAUUCAUAAAUACGUGUUAACUAGUCAUUCAUGAUCAAUAAAUCUUAAACAUUUCAUCAUAUCUUAUAAAGUUUUCUCAUUAAGUAUUACAAAAUUUAAUAUAUUAUUGAAAGUGUGAGUAAUUUGAAGAGACUAGAAUUUUGCAUCUACUUCCAUUACAUUUAACAAGAAAGAAAGAAAGAGGGAAGGAAGGAAGGAAGGAGGGAGAGAGAAAGAAAGAAAAAGAAAGAAAGAAAAGGAAGAGAGAAAGAAAGAUGGAGGAAGGAAGGAAGGGAGGAACUUUUGUACUAGUUUUACUUAUAUUGGAUAUGUAAUUUUGAAUUUAGAGUAUAAGCUUUAUUUUAUGAACCAAUAUCCCCAUUUUAGAAGGCUCACACUAUUUUCUGUCUUUUCAAAUCACAUUCUGCCAGUGGCUUAGAUUCACGGUGUGUUCAGUGGCCACUGUUAUUGCAGCAACAAUGUUCAAUUUAAAAGUAGGUUAAUUUCUCAUGAUACUAUAAUACAUAUGACGUUAUAUUGGUAUUGGUUCUGACUCUAUUCAUUUAAAUUUUGUGAUAGUUAAAUUCAGAAUGAAAUGAUACUGACCUUGGCACUAACUGUAAAAGCCAAGAAAAUGAAUGGGUAAAAAAAUCCCUAGGGGAUAUUAACUCAUUUAAGAAACCAAACUAUUUUCAACCCUUUGGAUGCAUUUUAACAGCAAAACUAAUGUUUAUUGACUUGGAAGCAUUCAGUUGCGUUAGUUACUCUAUGUAUUUGAAAAUAAUAAAUUUGCAAUUAGAACACCAAAGUAUUCUUUCAUUAGUUCACGUAGAUCUUUUCCUAUGUAGCAUGAUUUAGUGCAGAAUAGAGGGCAUAUUUUUAUUCAUCUAUAUUUUCAGUAAAACAUAAGAUUGAAAUUUAAAAUGACUAACCUUAAUUUAAGUCAUCUUCAUUUACAUUUUACUUUAAAGGUCAUUUUUAGAUUUUCUUCACCGGUUGUAUUUAGUAAUAAUGAAACUAACCUUUAUCAUGUGACUAAAUUGCUUCUGAAUUUUCAGAAACUAUGAAUCAUUUUUAAAGGCUUAUUUUUAAGUGAAUUAUCGUACAAAAUUAUACCUCAGUUACUUUCCCAAAGUGAGUAGUAGUUAUUUCAUUAACAUGUAUAUAUAUUAAUAUUAACCAGUUUGCCAAAUGAAUUGUCAGUUGCCCUGCAUAAACAUGAAAGCAAAAGCUUUGGAAACGAUUUAGGAUGAUCUGAACCUCGAUUAAGAAAAAUAUUCUGAACUUUAUCAACUUUUUUGAAGGGUUAGGGAUGAGCCUCAGAAAACUUUCACCCUUGAUGAAGCAGAUGAGGUGGGGUAAAGUUCCAGCAGGCAUCUGGGCCAAGAGUGGGCUUAGGCUGGUUCCUUUUACAUACAGUGGCCAUAACCUUUGUAGGUGCUGCGAUUCCAUAAUAGUUAUCAUGGUUAGUCUUUUGUUUUCAAAAAUUUUACUACCUAAAAGCUUUGCUUUUAACAGUGAUCUCAGCAUUCAUAUUGCCAAGCUGUGCUAUGCAGACACAUGGCCUACUUCACUCAGGAUAGCUUGCUUCUCUCACUGAGAAGAGAUGUCUGA